UCUCGUUCCCAAAGGAAGGGAAAAGAUGAAGGAAUGAUAAUUCCGCUAGGAUCGAGAGUUGGAUUUGGAUUCCGCCGAGCCAAGAUUGUACCGUUCUUCCAGACUCCUAUUCCCAGAAACCAAACGGACCCUAAAUUACUAACGUCACGGGACAUGAGAAUUGGGAAUCGGUAACCUUCCUCAAUCGAAUCGCGUCCCAAAAUUUUUACUUUCCCGCCACAAACCGUUGGUGGGGGAAUGGGAUUUUGCGAGUCUCGUCUCUUCUCCCCUGCUCUGCGUACUCACCUGUCAUGAUCAUGUCUUCCUCCAAAACCCUGAUGGAACUCUUCCAACCCGCAAAGCGAUUAAAGGUCUGCGAAACCCCAGCUUCUAAAAAUACCAUUUCCUCUAUCUGCCAUUCCACCACCGGCGACCACAACAUCGCUGACAGAACCGGAACCGAUUCUCCUUCCACUCUCACCGUCGAGCAGAAAACCAGGAUCGAGUUCAACAAAUCCCUUGCAAAAUCGAAACGGAACCUCAGGAUCUGCACCGAGAGAGUCUCUAAAUCCAAAGCUGAAGGGGUGGAUUAUGUGAAACUGGAAGAUCUUUUGGUGGAGCAAACGUGGUUGGAAGCUCUUCCUGGAGAGCUGCAGAAGCCCUAUGCCAAAAGUCUAUGCAAGUUUGUCGAACGAGAGAUGCAUGGCAGUGUACCGAUAUAUCCGCCUCCGCAUCUGAUAUUUAAUGCUCUUAACACUACACCGUUCGACCGAGUCAAGGCUGUGAUUAUCGGUCAGGACCCUUAUCAUGGUCCUGGUCAAGCAAUGGGUCUUUCUUUCUCUGUGCCUGAGGGAAUCAAGGUCCCUUCAAGUCUGGUUAAUAUAUUUAAGGAACUUCAGAAGGAUCUGGGUUGUUCAGUUCCAUCUCAUGGGAACUUAGAGCGAUGGGCUGUACAGGGUGUUUUAUUGCUCAACACUGUACUUACUGUGAGGAAACAUCAGGUCAACUCUCAUGCAAAGAAAGGGUGGGAGCCAUUUACAGAUGCUGUAAUUCGAACAAUCUCUGAGAAGAAAAGUGGAGUUGUUUUUCUUCUUUGGGGAAAUUCUGCACAAGAGAAGUCAAAAUUGAUUGACCAGUCAAAGCAUCAUAUUCUGAAAGCUGCUCAUCCUUCUGGUUUGUCUGCAAACAGAGGUUUCUUUGGGUGCAGGCAUUUUUCUCAGACAAACCAGAUUUUGGAGAAAUUGGGUAUUCUCCCUAUAGAUUGGCAACUCUAAUCCUACUGAGUUUUGUCACCUAAUCUUUUGUUGCUUCUUUCUUUUUGGUUCACGAUUGAAUGCCUAACAAAUUCUCUCUCGGCUCUGGAUUGUUAAGAACUUAAGAUAUAACAUAUUUUUGGAUUUCCUCUACUGGUAUUGUAAAUGCCUCCAUUUCAUAUAGUGUUAAUAUUAACAAUCUUGUUGAUGCUUCUCCCACAAGAGCUGGUAUCACUGGCUAGAAAAGACAACAAUGGGUCAGUUAUCCGCUUGCAGUUCGCAUUGUUUGCAAAUCUUGCAAACGAGUCUUUUGCUCCAACUGGUGACUGCAAAUUUGCAAUGUUUUAUUUUGCCCAUCAUGUAUGUUUUGUUAUAACAAUGCAAUAGUCACAAACUUCUUUACUUGGAUCUUCA